AUGCAUACCAGAAACGCCAUCAACAGUCGCCAAGCUCAGGAUAACUUUGAAUGCGGAAAGAAGCUUCACCUGCCAUCGUGGUGCCUGCCUUUGACCAGUCAAACCCAUUUGAUAUCUUGGAGAAUUGUGAAGACGGGCGGCAAUACGGGAAAGGAAGGUGGCAGAAUGUUCCCAUCUCAACUUCCCUGUGCUUGCCUCGAGACCUCGCCCCUUACAAUCUCGUUCGAGAUCUUUCUUCCUCUUCCCGCAAUUUAUUCUCUAUAUCUCACCUUUCGAAGGCUUCCAAUCGCCAACGCAUCACUCAUCGAUUCUUUUCAUGACGAACUUUCAAGAAACACAGUCGGGUCAAAAUCGAAUCUUCGGUGGACCGACGUCGAUGCCACCUUUCAUGAUUUCUUUGCUGGCGCUUUCAGCCAUGAAUACUCUUUGUUGAGCAUCGAACCCUCUCCGCACACGGUUCCAAUACACACCUGCGGCUCAACGGUCCCCGAAGCAAAGGCGAAUGGCUGCGUUUUUGAUGUCAUGGCAUAUGGCUGGGUUCCUUCCCAGUGCUAUAACGGCGACCUCGUCAGCACGUACAACGCAUAUGAUAUGAGCCCCUGGGCAUUCGACAAGAACCUCACCAAGCCAGCGUCUGAACAGGUGCUUAUGGCUGGAGAGAGAAGAAUUCUCUACACAGAUCUGCGCUUCCACCAAGAGCACUGCUUCUACACAUGGCAUAAUCUGCUCCACAGCGUCGAGCAUCAAAGGCCACUGAUUCAUAACCUGUCAGCGUCCACCGAACAUAGACACCACUGCAAGGGACUAUUUUUGCACGGGGAAGCGCCAACGGGCCCUGUCGUGCCAGCAUUCUUUCAUUGUGUGGAUAUGGAAGAGCCGGUUGUGCUUUGA